CGCCGGGAAGGAAAUUUAGCUUGUGCAGGCGUAGGCUACACCAAAUCCAACGGAGAAGACGACGAAAGGCCGUUGAUCGAUUCUUCUGACCUGAUUUCAUGCCGAUGUUGGUGAUGAGAUAUGUGACCGUCGGAAUUGAUUUCGAUUUUACUUGUCCGGAGUGCGAAUUGUUGGGUUGCGCUCGUUGACUUGUGAUGUUCUAGCUCGUCUGAGAGGAAAGCUUAAUGGGCUGCUUCGGUUGCUGUGGUGGAGAGGAUUUUCGUAGAGCUGCUGAAACUGGGUCGAGGCCGGUGCCCAACACACCAGGUUACAAUGGUGGACACCAUAGAAAAGAAGAUCAGCCCAAGGACCGUCGCCCUGUCAUUGCUAUGCAGCCUAUAGCUGUACCCGCCAUUUCCGCAGAUGAACUGAGGGAUAUAACCGAUAACUAUGGGUCAAAGGCUUUGAUCGGUGAGGGCUCAUAUGGAAGAGUGUUUUAUGGUGUUCUUAAAAGCGGUAAGACGGCCGCCAUCAAGAAGCUGGACUCCAGCAAGCAACCUGAUCAAGAGUUUCUUGCCCAGGUAUCAAUGGUUUCAAGAUUGAGACACGAAAAUGUUGUUGCACUUCUUGGUUACUGCGUUGAUGGCCCUCUCCGAGUUCUUGCUUAUGAGUAUGCUCCUAAUGGUUCUCUUCAUGAUAUCCUUCAUGGUCGGAAAGGUGUCAAAGGAGCGCAACCUGGUCCAGUUCUAUCAUGGCAACAGAGAGUUAAAAUCGCUGUGGGUGCUGCCAGAGGGCUCGAGUACUUGCACGAGAAGACGAGCCCUCCAGUUAUCCACAGAGAUAUCAAAUCCAGCAAUGUCCUUCUGUUUGACGACGACGAUGCCAAGAUCGCCGAUUUCGAUCUGUCCAAUCAAGCCCCCGACAUGGCUGCACGCCUUCACUCGACUCGUGUUCUAGGAACCUUUGGUUAUCACGCACCCGAAUAUGCAAUGACUGGAACAUUGAGCACAAAGAGUGAUGUGUACAGUUUUGGUGUUGUUCUGCUGGAGCUUCUCACGGGUCGUAAACCUGUCGAUCAUACGUUACCGCGUGGACAGCAGAGUCUUGUGACAUGGGCGACGCCUAAGCUGAGUGAAGACAAGGUGAAGCAGUGCGUUGAUGCGAGAUUGAAUGGGGAGUACCCUCCAAAAGCCGUUGCCAAGAUGGCGGCGGUGGCGGCGCUGUGCGUGCAGUACGAGGCGGACUUCAGGCCGAACAUGAGCAUAGUGGUGAAGGCUCUUCAACCUCUUCUCAACCCUCCUCGCUCUGCUCCCCAUACCCCCAACCGUCACCCCAUUCUCUAAUAACCCUCACCUUUCUCUAUCACAAUUAUAAAUUCCCUUUUGAUCGUACUCAAAAUCCUUGUGGUUUCAUUUUCAGAAUUUAAGGAUUGUAUGUGAAUUCUCUCCUUCCCCACUGUUUUGUCUUUUGCAAACAGAAAAAUAUUGCAUUUUACCAUAAUAUAGAAGAAAAUCCAUUGGCGUGUUUAUUUA